AAAGUCUAAACAACAAGUCCUCAAAGCUCGAGGACAGACGGGAGCUAGUAUAAAUGUGCUGCUGUUCGCGCGGGGGUAAUAGGGGACAAAAACCACCCUCCCCCUCUCUGGAUGUAGCGCGCGCCACCGGCCAUGGCCACUCUGGAGGGCUGUCACUGUCAGGGUGCCGGCGGGCAAAACAAUAACAACAGCAUCCUGUACAACAUACUGAAGAACGACAGCCUCACGACCACCGAGGAACCAACAUCACAACCACAACACACCCAGCAGCACCAAGACCUCAAGGUCUCCUCCUGUUCCUCUUCUUCGAGGUUCGAGCUUAGGCAGCAACAGGCUUGCUCUUGCGGUUCCUUGCUGCGACGGGGUUCUCUCCGGUCCCCCCAGGUGACCUGCAAAGCCGCAUCUACGGUCCUCAUGAAGACUCUGCGAUUUGUAAAGAAUGUGCCGUGUUUCCGCGAGCUUCCCGAGGAUGACCAGCUGCUGCUCGUUCGGAACGGCUGGGUGCCGCUGCUUGUGCUGGGCCUCGCGCAGGACCGGGUGGACUUCGAGACCACGGAGACCGCGGAACCUAGCAUGUUGCAGCGGAUCCUGACCGGUGGCUGUGUCAGCCAAGGCAGCUUAAUGGACAGACAGGUUGAGCCGGAGCAGAGCGCGGGAACACCCGGGGUCUCUCUCGCGGAUAUCCAGGGCAUCAAAGCGUUCCUGAAAAAGUGUUGGGGUUUAGACAUCAGUACCAAGGAAUAUGCCUACCUCAAAGGAGCCGUGCUCUUCAACUCAGAUCUCCCUGGUCUGUGCUACCUCAACUACAUCCAGUCACUGCGGCGCGAGGCCCACCAGGCUCUCAACGAGUAUGUGAAGCUGAUCCACCGGGACGACGCCACGCGCUUUGCCAAGCUGCUCAUCGCCCUGGCAAUGCUGAGGGCCAUCAGCCCCCCAGUGGUGGCACAGCUCUUCUUUAAGCCCAUCAUUGGAGCCGUCAAUAUGGAGGAGGUCCUGCUGGAGAUGUUCUAUGGGAAGUAGAGGCUUUCGAUGGUCCUGUCCAGAAACAACCCCUAGAUAUAGCCCCUAAGCCCUAGGCACUUCUCUUAGUCCUUACUCCCUAGGCAAUUUCACCUAUUCCCUACCCAAUAGAAACGUGACCUUGCCCUAGACUCUUCCCCCCAUUUCCCCACUUCCGCUAGCCCCUAGCUCCUAUUGGAUAGUAAUAAGCAAAAAAACAUGCCCAAUACAGGAACAGUAUGAUAGCUCCCCCUUGCCCUACGGUUGGCUAUAAAGGAACAAUAUGAUAGCUCCACCUUGCCCUCCGGUUGGCUAUAAAGGAACAAUAUGAUAGCUCCACCUUGCCCUCCGGUUGGCUAUAAAGGAACAAUAUGAUAGCUCCACCUUGCCCUCCGGUUGGCUAUAAAGGAACAAUAUGAUAGCUCCACCUUGCCCUCCGGUUGGCUAUAAAGGAACAAUAUGAUAGCUCCACCUUGCCCUCCGGUUGGCUAUAAAGGAACAAUAUGAUAGCUCCACCUUGCCCUCCGGUUGGCUAUAAAGGAACAAUAUGAUAGCUCCACCUUGCCCUCCGGUUGGCUAUAAAGGAACAAUAUGAUAGCUCCACCUUGCCCUCCGGUUGGCUAUAAAGGAACAAUAUGAUAGCUCCACCUUGCCCUCCGGUUGGCUAUAAAGGAACAAUAUGAUAGCUUCACCUUGCCCUCCGGUUGGCUAUAAAGGAACAAUAUGAUAGCUCCACCUUGCCCUCCGGUUGGCUAUAAAGGAACAAUAUGAUAGCUCCACCUUGCCCUCCGGUUGGCUAUAAAGGAACAAUAUGAUAGCUCCACCUUGCCCUCCGGUUGGCUAUAAAGGAACAAUAUGAUAGCUCCACCUUGCCCUCCGGUUGGCUAUAAAGGAACAAUAUGAUAGCUCCACCUUGCCCUACGGUUGGCUAUAAAGGAACAAUAUGAUAGCUCCACCUUGCCCUACGGUUGGCUAUAAAGGAACAAUAUGAUAGCUCCACCUUGCCCUCCGGUUGGCUAUAAAGGAACAAUAUGAUAGCUCCACCUUGCCCUCCGGUUGGCUAUAAAGGAACAAUAUGAUAGCUCCACCUUGCCCUCCGGUUGGCUAUAAAGGAACAAUAUGAUAGCUCCACCUUGCCCUACGGUUGGCUAUAAAGGAACAAUAUGAUAGCUCCACCUUGCCCUACGGUUGGCUAUAAAGGAACAAUAUGAUAGCUCCACCUUGCCCUCCGGUUGGCUAUAAAGGAACAAUAUGAUAGCUCCACCUUGCCCUCCGGUUGGCUAUAAAGGAACAAUAUGAUAGCUCCACCUUGCCCUCCGGUUGGCUAUAAAGGAACAAUAUGAUUGCUCCACCUUGCCCUCCGGUUGGCUAUAAAGGAACAAUAUGAUAGCUUCACCUUGCCCUACGGUUGGCUAUAAAGGAACAAUAUGAUAGCUUCACCUUGCCCUACGGUUGGCUAUAAAGGAACAAUAUGAUAGCUCCACCUUGCCCUCCGGUUGGCUAUAAAGGAACAAUAUGAUAGCUCCACCUUGCCCUCCGGUUGGCUAUAAAGGAACAAUAUGAUAGCUCCACCUUGCCCUCCGGUUGGCUAUAAAGGAACAAUAUGAUAGCUCCACCUUGCCCUCCGGUUGGCUAUAAAGGAACAAUAUGAUAGCUCCACCUUUCCCUCCGGUUGGCUAUAAAGGAACAAUAUGAUAGCUCUACCUUGCCCUCCGGUUGGCUAUAAAUGUUUUUUUGUUGCUAUAUUACAUCUAUCAAAUCCUCUCAGAUCAAUAUCUGUGGGUUUUAUUCUGGACUGGCCCUUUCUAUCUAACGGACAGAAGAACACGUCUGUAGAUCUAGUAGAACUAACAAACUGUUAACCGACCGUUCGAUCUGAAUGGACCGUUGAACAGGACAAAGGAAGAGAUUUGUUAAAGGUGUUUUGGACACCAUGGUUGAUUAAGAACAGUGGGGGUGAAGGGGGUAUUGGGGGCGGGCUGAUGUUCAGUCUGUAACUUAUUUAUUUUUACAUAAAACUAUUUUUCUAUAAUAAAAGUAUUCUCUGAACU